UCCGCACAGGACUUUAAAUACACGCCGUGACGUCACCGCCACCCACAACCACAGGGCCCGCCCACAGCCCGGGCGAGCGCGUGAGUUGAGAGGCUGACACCUAGUGGACGGACACGCAGCUACAACAACAACAACAGACGAACUGACGUGACCAGCGCGCGUCAGUCAGUCGCGGCCGGUGAGUUUCACCCUCUUCUGUCUCAUCGACCUUCCGCUAAUGAACGCAGCAUUGGUUCCGGUCCACUCAAGUGACUGUGUCUCCGUGCACAUGUGAAGUCUCAGGAACCGAACCAGGAUGAAAAACCAGCGCACUAAGCACCGCCCGCCUGGGACGAGCCUCCGCGCACGCAGGCGCGCCACCGGGGCGGGAGAAAGCCCCGGGUCACGUGACCGUGGGCCUCUCCACGGACGAGCAGCCGGACGGGGAGAUGGGCGACCAGCACCUCGGGGCCCGCGGUUUGGUGGAGGCCUACAGCCAGAGCCUGAGGCGCCAGAUCCAGACCCGGGGCUCCAACCUGGCCUGCAGCGACGAAGAGCUGUGCGUGCUGGUGAAGGCGCAGCUGAGGGACGAGCCGCUAGGGACACACUGCCUGGGCCUGGACCCUCUGAGGACCAUGGAGGAGUCGCUGCAGGAGGUGUCGGCCCGCCGAGGGCUGCGCACCCUGGAGGGAGCCUUCCAGGUCCUGGAGCAAGCGGCUCUGAACCUCUACAUCGCCCCCUGGAGGGCGGAGUACGCAGCAGUGAAGAUGUACUCGGGCGUCUUCACGCACGUGGUCAAGGCGGCACUAUCGGCCGCUCAGAUCCAGCGGCUCUUCGGGCUGCUGGGCUACGAAGCCGAGCAGCAGCAGCUCAGCAGAGUCAGGCGGGCGCCUUCUGAGGACCUGCUCCGCCUGUCCUGCGCCUUCUUCCUGGCCCGCUGCGAGUGUCGCCUCCUGCUGGAGGCGCUGGGGAGCCACGGCGGCGACGCCAUGUGGCAGCUGGGCAUCGUCCGGGAGAGACGGCGAGGACGGACGCUGCAGGCCAGUCUGGACUCCACCCGCUCGACGCUGGCGGACGCCGGCGACUCGGACCUGGACCUGUACACGGACCCGGCGCUCAACGGGGACCACCUGUCUGUCCCCACAGAAGCCUGGGAAGCCAUCAGCACAGCGGGGGGUCAGGGGUCAGCGCCCUCCUCGCCCCAGCUCUGCGUCUCCACCCUGAGCUACCAGUUGACCGCUCCGCCGUCGCUGAGCCCCAGAGGAGGCGUCUCGCCCGAGUCCAGGACGGAGUCUGGGGGCGGGGCUCUGGGCGAGGCCGCCUGCUCCUGUCUGCAGACGCCCGUCUCCCUCAGGGAGUGUGUGGACUGCGGCCAGUUGCACGACACCCGCUGUGCCGUGUUGGGCCGCUGCGCCUCGCGGGGUCACCUCCUCCUGACCCCCAGGCGUCCCACUGACCCGCAGACUCAGCAGAGGCCUCGGGAGUGCGACCCGUCGACACACAGUGCUGCGCUCUCCUCGCUGACGCUCUCCGAUGCUCGUCCAAUCAGCUUCCACUCCUGCUGCGCCGCCGCCGGCCUUGAGCCGAGAUACAUGUGCGCCAGCUGCCGCGCCUUCCACUGCCGGCCUUGCCCACAGCUGGGGCUCUGCCUGGACCAGCACCAGGUCCAGAGCCUGGGCUCCUGCGGCUGCGGCAAGACUUGCUCCCGGCGGCCGCUGGUCCUCUGCGUGUACUGUGGCGCCGAGUACUGCAGCGACUGCUGGUACAAAGACCCCCUGAGCUGCGUCUGCGGGCGACCGCUCGACCCGCCCUCCUCGUCCGUGUGACCCGCCGGAGCGUUGUGCCUGAGACCAAGUGCCUUGUGCCCCUAACGGUGCCUUCACCGGGGAGCCUGCCGAUUUGAUAGUUUUUGCUCACAGCUCAAUAAACCUGGGCCGAACACGUCUCCUGUCGUCCGUCUGAAGGACCCGGGCGUGAGACAGUGGGGGUCACAGAUGCUCCGAUGGUGGACCUUCACCGACCAGACUCCUCUCACCGCAGCUUCCAGGAACACGGAGGCCGACGAGAGGUCUCACUCUGCCGUGGCUUCUCUGCAGCUCAUGGUGAACUUGGACCUAACACCAGCACCACACACUCGAGUCACCUCAACAGUAACCAUGGUCUCCGAGCAGACGACUGAAUCCAGAGUCCUCUUUAUUGCUACUCUCGUGCAACCAGACAAGUCUCGACAAGUUCUGCUCAGUUCGGACCCGAGGCCCUCGGACCUCUACUCGUUGUGCUCCUGCCAGUGGAUGUUGAUGAAGGUCUUGCUGUUCAUCCGGUCCACGUACAGAACCCCAUCCAGGUGGUCCAUCUCAUGCUGGAGGAUGCGUGCGCACCAGCCGCUCGCCUGCCAGGCCACGGCUUCACCUCGCUCGUUCAGACCUGCAGGAGAUGCGGGAGGUCAGGGAGCCGGCGGGAGCCGAACCCAGCAGCAGCACCCACCCGCACACCUACCCGAGACCUCCACCGACCGGUACCGAGGCACGGACGCCGAGAAACCAGAGAUGCUCUCGCAGGCCUCCUGGAAACUGACCGUCCGUCCGUCCAGCACCUUCAUCUGCGGGUUGAUGAAGAUCCUGAGCGGCUGGACGGAGAGGCCGCGUGCCUCUCUGGCCGCCGCCGCCGUCUCCUCAAACAUCUUCUGAGGGUACUCCAGGGCCAUGAUGCGCAGGGGGACCCCGACCUGGGGCGCGCUCAGGCCCACGCACUCCAGCCUUCUCAUGACCCUCACCAUGGUGCUGAUGACCCGCUGGACCUCAGGGCCCGGGAUCAGCGCCGGGUCCACGGGGGCCGCAGGGGCGCGCAGCACCGGGUCGCCCACCUGACACACGUGGCCGUACGGAGGCCCGGGAGGAGCCAUGACCUUGUUCUUCAGGAACUUGAAGUAAGAGCGCACUUUGACCCGGGAGCAGUAGGAGCGAGCAGAGGUCAGAGGGGGCAGGAGGGGGGCCAGACCGGUGAGCCCAGCCCUGCACAGGUGACGCAGCGGCACGUGCAUGACGGACCUGUGAAAAGCAACUGUCACAAUGAUGCCAACAAAAGCACACACGUGUUAAACGAGACACUUACCGAGGUUUCACAAAACACUUUUGUUAGAAGUUACAUUCGAUAUUUGUCUCUGUGGUUCCGUUUUAAUUUGAAGGUGUAACGGAAAUGUGGGGCGGUUGACGGGAUUGUCAAUAAAGCGAGCGGCAGCUAUCUAUGCCGGUGUACAACGAAACUAUCUCGGUCCUUCUAAACUGCGGUGGGAACUUCUUACACUUUUAACUUGACACAAACACAAAGGCAAGUCGGCGCUCACCACUUCCGCCGCACUUGAACCCAACUCAACAGAGCCGCCGACGCGACGGCGGGGUGAACCUCAGCGAGCGCUCCUUGCUCCUCGUCCGCUGUUAGCUUUCAGAGCUAAGUCGUUAGCAUUUGUGUUGUGCUUUGGAACAAACGCAGGAUUGGUUGAAAAUCAACGACGCGACCGCUGCCGACUUUAGAUCACAUGUCAUCGAUGAACAAGCUUCUACGGGACUAAGUGACAUCAGGAAGAAACGUUAUAGCGAAGACCAGCGAGCGACCGCAGAGGACUGUGAGGCUUCAGGCUACUUCCGGGUUCAAUACCGAGACCCUCCGCAGUAAGAGUCUUCUGUCUGUCUGGGCUUCUCCCUUCAGUGGUGGCCACAGCGGAUCACCUUCCUCCACCUCCCCCUGUCCUCUGCUUCCUCUCCUCUCAAACCUACAAACCUCAUGUCCUCCUUCACCACCUCCACCAAUCUCCUCUGUGGCCUUCCUCUCCACCUUCUGCCUGGCAGUUCCAACAUCUCAACAUCUUCAUCUACCAAUGUACUGGCUCUCUCUCUCUUCUGUACAUGUCCAAACCAUCUCCAUCCAGCCUCUCUGACUUGGUCUUCUGAACACCUGAGCACAUGUGCUGUCCCUCCGAUCCUAUCAUCAUCCUGCUCUCACUCCCAGAGAGAAGCUCAGCAUCUUCAUCUCUGCUACCUCCAGCUCUGCCUCCUGUCUUCUCCUCAGUGCCGAGUG